AUGCUUCUGCCUAAAUGCGAGCUCGUCAAGUUUAAUGGUGAUCCGCUGGAUUACUGGGUUUUCAUCCAGAGCUUCGAUGGAGCCGUUGGAAACACUAGUGUUGGCGCUAACGCUAAGCUCAAUCGACUCUUCCAGUACUGCGAAGGAGAAGCUUUGGAAGUCAUCCGUUGUUGCGCCAUGAUGCAGCCGGAUGAAGGUUACGCCAAGGCCAGAGAACUGCUUCGCGAGCGUUUCGGAAAUGAUUAUAGAAUUUCCGAGACCUGGGUAAGAAGACUUACAGAAGGUCAACAGAUCAUGCCAGGAGACUGCAGAGCCGUUCAGAAAAUGGCGGAUGAAUUGAGAAGCUGUACACUUGCACUAAAGGCUAUGGACAAGUUGGACGAGAUCGAUACCAAGAGGAGUCUAGCUUUAAUUAUGAAGAAACUCCCACAGUACCUUCAGUCGAAGUGGCGUUCCAUGGCAGUGCAGCACCUCGAUGAGACCGGUCGUUACCCUAGCAUCAACAAGCUUGUGAAGUUUACCAGCAAGGCCGCUCGGGACGCGAAUGACCCAAUUUAUGGUCUAGAGGAGCGCAACGGCAGAAAAAAGUUUACUCCAAAGAAGGGAGCAAACUUCAAUGUACAGUGCCCCCGAUGA